AUGCUGGUCGGUAGAUUGGUCACUGGUGUGGCUGCAGUGAAGAAGCACGACAAAGAUGCCGGGAUUACAGGAUUUACUAAAGCUAUAGGAGCUACAGGAUCUACCAUGGCAUACGAGUGUGUUAGUGCCAACUACAUGGGAAGGCGCGUUUUGGUUUGCUCCAUCCCGAGCCGUGUUCGGGAGCGCGCAGUUGUCUCGGGAGCGCGCGGUUGUGUGAGCGCGUCCUGCAGGAAUCGAACCAAAGCAGCGCAGAUUUUACUGCAGGUGCAGUCUCAGUCAGCUGAAGGUGUGGAUCUGAAGGUAACCAUGCCUGUGCUGCCCCGGUCUUCUCCUGGACUCUUCAUCCGCCUCCUCUUCCUCUCCCUGCACUCAUCAGUUAUAUCCCAGAAUCCUCUACUCUCCGCAGCCUCAGAACAGUGCAGCAGGAAACUUCAUCCUGUUGUAUCCUAUGAAGAUCUCAGACUGUGGUUCUCCUCCUUCUCCAUGCCUGCAGUGACUGAUUACUCUCAACUCAGCAUAGACCUCGGUAACCAGCAGCUGAUCGUUGGGGCCAGGAACUACCUGUUCAGACUGAGUCUGGCUAACAUCUCUCUACUGCAGGGCACUGAGUGGGGGGUGGAUGAAGAUACUCAGAGGUCCUGCCGAAGCAAAGGGAGGACAGAGGACGAGUGUCAGAACUACGUGAGGGUUCUCCUCCAGACCGCCUCUCACAUCUUCUCGUGUGGUACCAACGCCUUCUCGCCCGUCUGCACCUCCCGUUCUGUCUCUGAUCUCUCGGACGUUAUUGAGACGGUGAACGGUGUGGCCCGCUGCCCCUACGACCCCAAGCACAACUCCACCGCCAUGGUAACGGAGAGCGGCGACCUGUACGCCGCGACCGUCAUCGAUUUCUCGGGACGUGACCCUGUGAUUUACCGCAGCAUGGGGAACACGCCGCCCCUCCGCACAGCCCAGUAUAACUCCAAAUGGCUGAACGAGCCUCACUUCGUCUCCGCGUACGAGGUGGGCCGCUUCACCUACUUCUUCCUGCGGGAGGUGGCAGUAGAGGAGGAUUGUGGGAAGGCGGUGUUCUCCCGGGUGGCGCGGGUGUGUCAGAACGACGUGGGUGGACGGUUUCUGCUGGAGGACACCUGGACCACCUUCAUGAAAGCCAGGCUGAACUGCUCGCGCUCUGGAGACGUUCCAUUCUACUACCACGAGCUCCACAGCACCUUCUACCUCCCCGAGCAGGACCUCAUCUACGGUGUCUUCACCACUAACGUUAACAGCAUUGCUGCCUCUGCAGUUUGUGCCUUCAACCUCAGUGCCAUCACUCAGGCCUUCAACGGUCCCUUCCGCUACCAGGAGAACCCUCGGACCAGCUGGCUGUCCAUCCCAAACCCCAUACCCAACUUUCAGUGUGGAACAGUUGGUGAUGGUGGUCCUGGUGGGAAUCUAACAGAGCGCAGUCUUCAGGACGCUCAGAGACUCUUUUUGAUGAGUGAUGUCGUGCAGCCUGUAUCAACGGAUCCCUUGAUCAGCCAGGACAACGUCCGAUUCUCCAAAGUGGCCGUGGACAUCGUACAGGGCCAGGACACCCUAUACCACGUCAUCUAUGUGGGCACAGAGCGUGGUACCAUCAUCAAGGCGCUCUCCACGUCCAGUAAGAACCUGCGUGGGUGUUACCUGGAGGAGAUGAAGCUUCUUCCUGGUGAUCGACAGGAACCGAUUCUAAACCUGCAGAUCCUGCAUAGUGACCGGUCCCUGUUUGUGGGUUUGAACAGCCAAGUUCUGAAGAUUCCACUGGAGAGAUGUUCAAGUUACCAAAGCCAACAGGAAUGUUUGGACUCCAGAGAUCCGUACUGCGGCUGGGACCGGCAACAGAGACGCUGCACCACCAUUGAGAACAGUUCCAACAUGAGCCAGUGGAUCCAGAACAUCACCCAGUGUCCUGAGCGAAAUCUGACCCAAAACGGCGGCUUUAGUCUGUGGUCAUCUUGGCAGUCGUGUAUCCAUGGCGACAGCGGUGAAAGUUCCGGUUCAUGCCAGUGUCGCUCACGUGUGUGUGACCAACCCGUCCCUCAGUGUGGGGGCGCUGAAUGUGUGGGGCCAACCAUGGAGGUGGCAAACUGCUCCAGGAGUGGAGGUUGGACUCCCUGGUCCUCCUGGGCUCCGUGCAGCACCAGUUGUGGUGUCGGGUUCGAGGUUCGCCAGCGCUCCUGCAGUAACCCCGCCCCCCGACAUGGCGGAAAAGUGUGUGUGGGACAGAUUCGAGAGGAAAGGUUGUGUAAUGAGGACUUGCCAUGUCCUGUACCCGUAUCCUGGGCACAGUGGGGCUCCUGGUCUAAAUGCUCCGCUGCGUGUGGUGGUGGGUUCCAAUCUCGACUGAGAAGCUGUCAGGAUGGAAACUCCUGCUCCGGCUGCCCUGAGGAGUACAGAGUGUGUAAUUUGGAAGUGUGUCCUGAGGUGCGACGGUACACACCCUGGUCUCCAUGGUACCCAGUCAACGUGACAGCGGGAGGAGUCAGACAGGAGCAGCGCGUCAGACACACCUGCAGAGCAGCGCUGGCCGAAACCCACCAGCUCCAACUGGGCAAACGCAAACUAGAGACCCGCCGAUGCCCGAACGCCGAUGGAGCGCCAGGCUGUGAGACCGAGGAUCUGGUGCAGGACUUAAUGAGAGCGAGUCAAACUUUAACUCCUGUAAAAGGUGUGAAAUGGUUGCCGUGGGAGACGUGGUCCUCCUGUUCUAAAGAGUGUUCCCGUGGGUUUCGAACCCGUAAGCGCUCGUGUGUCAGUUCUGAUGGGAAAACUGCUGCGUUUCUGUGCAGUGGAACUGCGGUGGAGUAUCAGGACUGCAACACACAGCCGUGCUCAGUAAAGGGGGCGUGGUCAUGCUGGUCAUCUUGGUCCGAGUGUUCUACUUCCUGUGGAGGCGGUCACUACCAGCGCACUCGCGCCUGUUCAAACCCCGCCCCCUCCCACUCAGGGGAGAGCUGCGUCGGCUUACACACGGAGGAGGCUCUGUGUAACACACACAAAUGUGAUGGUGGCUGGGGGGCAUGGUCAGAGUGGACCGAGUGUGAGGACGGGUUUCAGUACCGUACUCGUAUGUGUGAGAUAAGUCCCACUCCAUGCUGGGGGAACACCACGGAUCUGAGGGCGUGUCCUAAAGAGAGUGCAGUUGGCUCACCUGGACUGAGGAAGAGUUUUAACUGUGGAGGUUUCACUUUGCUCCACCUGGUUCUGACCGGGUUGGUCUCCUUUCUGGUUGCGGUGUUGGGAUCCGUUCUGGUUUACGCGUUCUUUCAAAGGGUUUAUAAACCUGCCCAGGAUUCUGCAGCGAUCCACCCCAACACACCCAACCACCUCCAGAACAAACACAACGCCAACACGCAGAAGAACGAGAAGUACGCUCCCAUGGAGUUCAAGACGCUGAAUAAGAACAACUUGCUGCCUGAUGAGAGCUGUAACUUCUUCCCACCUCCUCCUCCUCCUCUACCGCAGAUGAACGUCUUCAGCACCACGUACUACUCUGCUCCUCCACUGGGGAAAUACGACUACCCCUCUAUAGACUCACCCUGCAGGAACUACAUGCACAGCUGAAUCAGAGAACAGCUGACUGGUCAGCGAGAGGAGCACACGAUCAGGUGUGGAUGUUCAGGAGAGUUCAGGACAGUUCAGGACACGCCCUCCUGCAUCAUGGACUUAAAACUGGACGGAAAGGUUGGACAGUGGCACCAAAUGUCCAUGUGAUCAAAACAUGGAAACGUUUUUCCUCUCUGCUACACUAGGUGUUAUAAGACAGAAACAUAGACGUUGUAUCUUCAUCCAGCUGAGCAACUGUGACUUUUGGAAGUCUUCCACAAGGAUGAAGAAUUUAGGUGCUUUUUAUACUGAAUUCCAUGUGAUGGUACUAGGAGGUCGGCACAGGAUUAAUUUUUAUCACACCCUCCUGAUUUCUCUUUAUGCUGCCUUAAUCCUGUAUUUUUUUCCAUUCAGUGUUGGUUCAUCAUUUUGUUCCUGAGAGCUUUAGGAAGCUCCUUUACCUUGAUGGCUACUUCUUGCAAAAAAUCUUUCCAGCCAAUUAAGCUACAAGAAAUUUUGCAGCAUGACUAUUGUGUUACGUUUACAUUUACACACUAGUGUCUGAAUACUUUUCCAAGGUCCACUUUGGUUUCUUAAACAUAUUUAUUUAUGUCUAUAAAUACAUCCUUUCUUGUUCAUACACUGCCUGCCAAAUGUAUAUGGAUUUAAAUAAGGUUUUGAUUGAAUAACAGGGCAUCAUAUUGUUGCAGCAAGAAGGGCUAGGGUUUGAUUCCCCGGCUUGGCGGCCAGAGUCCUUUUUGUGUGAAGUUUGUAUGUUCUCCCUCUGUGUCCAUGUGUGUUUCCUCUGGGUGCUCAGGUUUCCUCUCACAAUUCCUCCCACAAUUCCUCCCACAUGCAGUCAAUCUACUAAAAGUGUGAGUGUGUAUGAGAGUGUGUGUGUGUGUGCCCAAUGAAUCAGACCCACCACGACCCUGAAUAGGAAUAGGACAAAACAAUGAAUAAAUGAAUGAAUGAUUAAAUAAUUACUGCAGUGACUGUG